ACUUGACUAACUAUAAGAAUGUUGCAACAAACACGGCUCAAGUGGGGAGGCAUAUAAGGCCCUGGUGUCUCGAUCGGUCCCCGCAGUAGUCCAAUAGUCAUCCAUCCAUCCGCACACGGUGAUCAACCACUUUCCACACACUGGUUUCUGGACUCUUACGUGCUCCCGGUUCGCACCCUUCACCCCACUGCAGAUAAGAUGAAGCUGUGGGUCCUUUGUCUCCUGGUCUGCGCUGGAGUCGCGACAGCGCAGCUGUCCAGGAAGCAAGAAGCUGCUGAACAGAAUCGCCGACGAGCAGGAAUAGCGACAAAAUCCAGGGAGCCAAGUCACGCUGCUCCCGAAGUUGCGGAUGACGAUGAGGAUGUCGAGGAAGAGGACUACGAGGACUCUCCAAAACACGUAGAAAAAAAAUUCGUCUGCCCAGAACCCAAUGGAUACUUUCCAGAUCCAGAACAAUGCGACAAGUACCACGACUGCCAAGACGGCAAACCUCGAGCUAGACUCUGUCCGGAUGGAAUGGUCUUCAACGACUACAACCAUGAGGUGGAGAAGUGCGAUCUUCCCUUCGGCAUAGACUGUACCAACAAACCAAAAAGACAGACUCCACAACCUACGCAGCACUGUCCACGUUUGCACGGAUAUUUCGCCCACGAGAACACGAAAAUAUGCGACAAAUUUUACUACUGCGUAGACGGUCAGUUCAACAUGAUAACCUGCCCCGAUGGCUUGGUAUUCUCCGAGAAAUCCGGAAUUUGCAAUUGGCCCGACGAAGCUCAAAAGAAAGGUUGUGGCUCCAGGGAACUCUUCAAUUUCACCUGUCCCGUUGUCGAUGAAUCCGUGGCGGCGACGCACCCCAGAUACGUAGAUACCGAGGACUGCCAAUACUUCUACGUUUGCGUUAACGGAGUUACUCCGAGGCGAAGCGGAUGCAAACUGGGACAAGCAUUCGACGAGAGAACAGGAAAAUGUGAUUGGGCCAGAAAAAUACCCGAAUGCAAAGACUGGUACAAGGAUCAGCUCACGGACGAGCAACUCGACGCCCUCGAGAACCCGCCCCCAAAACCGAGGCCCGCGAACGGACCUAGUCGAAGAAAAAGCUCAAGGCCACAGAAAAGCCAAGACUAAACCUUAUUUAUACUUUAAGCAGAAAAACAUAUAGGCUUAAGUUUAAUUUUAUAAUAAAAGUAUCCUUAAUAGUUAAAA